AGGGACCUUGUUUUGGAUCCAGUGGACAUCACGCCGAUGCCAGCGACACCCUGGAUGAGGUUCCUACAAUAUAGGAUCUGCUCAGUGGAGAUCUUCUAUAUAAGAUCCUUCUGCUGAUUGACCCAUCAAGGAUGUAUAGGAACAGGGACAAGAUGGCGGAGAGUAUAAUAAAUCUCACCCUAGAGAUCCUCUUCCGGCUUACUGGAGAGGACUACACAGUAGUGAAGAAGACCUCUAGUGAGCGCUGUCAGGACCCAGUGUCUGAAGGAUGGAGAAGAACCCUGAGCCCAAUCACAGGGCCUCCACCUCACCCCCUGAUACAUGAGGAAAUCAAUAGAGAGAAGAUCCUAGAACUCACCAACAAGAUGAUUGAGCUGCUGACUGGAGAGGUUCCUAUAAGGUGUCAAGAUGUCACCAUCUAUUUCUCCAUGGAGGAGUGGGAGUAUUUAGAAGAACACAAAGAUCAGUACAACAAUAUCAUGAUGGACGAUCACCGGACCCUCACAUCACCAGUUAAGGACGAGAGAAGAACACCGGAGAGAUGUCCCAGCCCUCUUCUUUCACAGGAUGAGACAUAUGUGAGGGAUGAUGAGCAGAGUAUAGAGGACAUUCCUACAGAUAACCGCCCAGAUGACUGUACCAGGAGCUCUGAGGGAGAGCUGAUAUCUUCCGAUUUUAAAGCAGAAGAUGACGCUUUUACACAAGAUACAUAUGAAGAGCAUGUCAUUAUCCCAUAUAUACCCUUAGACCUUCACAGCAAAAAUUUAUCAUCUGAUCCUUUAAAACAGGUUUUGUCUUCUGAUUCAUCACAGAUGGUAACACUAAAUAAAAGUUACAGUUCUGGUGAACAUCCAACAGCUCAUACAGGGGAGAAAGCUUUUUCAUGUUCAGAAUGUGGAAACUGUUUUAAUCAUGAAUCAGAUCUUCUGAAACAUGAAAGAAGUCACACAGGGGAGAAGCCGUAUUCGUGUUCAGAAUGUGGGAAAAGUUUUGCUUUCAAAAAAACUCUUGUUACACAUCAAAAAAUUCACACCGGGGAGAAGCCAUUUUCUUGUUCACAAUGUGGAAAACGUUUUAUCCAGAAAUCAGAUCUUGUUAAACAUGAGAGAAUUCACACAGGGGUGAAGCCAUUUCCUUGUUUAAUUUGUGGCAAAUGUUUUGGUUUAAAAAAAGAUCUUAUUACCCAUGAAAGAACUCACACAGGGGAGAAGCCAUUUUCAUGUUCAGAAUGUGUUAAGUGUUUUAAUCAUAGAUCAGAUCUUGUUAAACAUGUGAAAAUUCACACAGGAGUGAAACCAUUUCCAUGUUCACAGUGUGAAAAACGUUUUAAUUAUAAAUCAGAUCUUGUUAAACAUCAAAAAAUUCACACAGGGGAGAAGCCGUUUUCAUGUUCAGAAUGUGGGAAAUGUUUUGCGUUCAAAAAAACUCUUGUUACUCAUCAAAGAACUCAUACAGGGGAGAAGCCGUAUUCAUGUUCAGAAUGUGGGAAAUGUUUUAACCAUAAAUCAAAUCUUUUUACACAUCAGAGAAUCCACACAGAUAUUAAGCCAUUUUCAUGUUUAGAAUGUGGGAAAUGUUACAGAGUUAAAUCAAAUCUUGUAAUGCAUCAGAGAAUUCACACAGGGGAAAAGCUAUAUUCAUGCCCAGAAUGUAAGAAAUGUUUUACUCGGAAAUCAAAUCUUGAUGACCACCAGAAAACUCACACAGGUGUGAAGCCUUAUUCAUGUUCAAUAUGCAGUAAGUCUUUUUCAGAUAAAUCGCAUCUUGUUCGACAUGAGAGGAGUCACAGUGGCUCAAGACCAUUUCCGUGUUCAGAAUGUGGAAAAUAUUUUAACCAGAAAUCUGAUCUUGUUAGGCAUCAAAUAACUCACACAGGGGAGAAACCAUAUCCAUGCCCAGAAUGUGGGAAAUGUUUUACGCAGAAAGCAACCCUUGUCAACCAUCAAAGAACUCACACAGGGGAGAAGCCAUUUUCAUGUACAGAAUGUGGGAAAUUUUUUAACAAGAAAUCAGCUCUUGUUACACAUCAGAGAUUACACACCGGGGAGAAACCAUUUUCAUGCCUAGCAUGUGGAAAAUGUUUUACUUGGAAAUCAAAUCUUAUUGACCAUCAAAAAACUCACACAGGGGAGAAGCCAUAUUCCUGUUCAGAAUGUGGGAAAUGUUUCUCAGAUAAAUCACAUCUCGUUAGACAUCUAAAAACUCAUACAGGGGAGAAGCCAUUUUCAUGUCCAGAAUGUGGCAAAUGUUGUUCUCAGAGAUCAGAUCUGGUUAAACAUCAAAGGAGUCACAUAGGUAGAAACAAUUUUGAUGUCCCAGAUGCGGAAAGUGUUUUAACCGAAAGUCAGCUCUAAUUGAACAUCAAUGAUCUGAAAGAAAAAAACAUUUUCUUUUUUUUAUUAAUGUGGGAUGUGGGAAAUGUUUUAGCCCACAAAGGGCAUCCUCUUAAAAAUCAAGGAUCUCACAUCAGAAAGUAGCUAGUUUUAACUUCAUCAACAAGCAGUAUAAAAAAUAUACUUCUUAGGCCUCAUGCACACGGCCGUUGUUUGGGGACCAAAUCCGAGCCGCCGUUUUUGCGGCUUGGAUGCGGACCCAUUCACUUCAAUAGGGCCGCAAAAGAUGCGGACAGCACUCCAUGUGCUGUCCACAUCCGUUGCUCCGUUCCGUGGCCCCGCAAAAAAAAUAGAACAUGUCCUAUUCUUGUCCGUUUUGCAGACAUAAAUAGGCAGUUGUACAAUUGGCUGCCUGUUCCGUUCCGCAAAUUGCGGAAGGCACACGGAUGGCUUUUGUUUUUUGCGGAUCCACGGUUUGCGGACCGCAAAAAAAUGGAACGGUCGUGUGCAUGAGGCCUUAGAGUCAAAAUAAAAUUGCAUGUUGUAGAAGAGAAGGAGAAAGCAUUUUACAGCAUUAAAUAAUAAUGAAAUGUAUGUAAUUUCCAAUAAAUGUCUGUUAUCCAAAAAAACAAAUAGAAUUCACAUAACACUAACCAUGUGCAGAGAAUAUGUCACAUGACUAUAUAUAACUGCAUUGCAAAACUUGUUGUCAAUCAUUAAUAAACCCUUACUUUUAAAAUGUA